AAUGGAUCAUUGCGUGUUAAAGGAAUCAUUAAGGUCAGUAGAACUAUUGGUGAUGCAUAUUUGAAAAGGCCUGAAUUUAUGCUUCACGAGUCGUUUCCCAAAUUUAAAAAAGUUCCUAAACCUUGUACAAGUGGUGUGCCAUCAGCAGAACCAGAGAUGUUUACUAGAGUUUUAACAGAGAAUGAUAAGUUUCUUAUAUUUGCGUCUGUUGGACUUUGGGAGUUCUUGUCAAAUGAGCAAGCAGCUGAAAUUGUUCAAAAGAAUCCAAGAAAUGGAGUUGCAAAAAGGCUUCUGAAUUCUGCUCUAGCUGAAGCUGCCAACAGAAGAAAUGUUACCUAUAUGGACAUCCAGGCUGCUGCUCUGGGACACGACAAUAUGAGCAGGAGGUCUUUUCAUGAUGAUAUAAGUGUCAUUGUUUUGUUCUUGGCCAAAAAGUUGUUUCUGAGGCGGCGCGUACAUAAUUUGUCCUACAUAUGCUCAUUUGACACGCCUCUGCCAUCUGAUUUUGCACGGUCUGGAUUAAUUGCUUCAAGACUGAAGGAUUGUAUCAAAAAGCGGUUUAAAUUAGGUUCAUUGCAUGCAUCUAGCUCUCAGAUUCAGGGCCCUCGGACUCCUCUGGCUCAGAACACUCAAACCCCUGUGGUCGAGGGUUCACAGACUCAGAGACGUUUGGGUCAGAGUUCUCAGGCUCAGAGCCGUUAG